GGUCAAACAGAGCGUUGACUUCAACUCCCAGCAUCCCCUCCUCCGUGCUCCGCCAAACAACAACAACAAUCGAAGCUGCAGAUCAGCUGUGAGAGAGUUGUGCUUUCCUGGGCGCAACAUGACUUUUCUCGUUGUAUUUUGCCGUAGAGCCUGCCGAGCGGUAUUGCUCAAGGAGGGGACCUGUGUGAUCAGCCGCGGUUUUCUGCGGACAGUGCCCAGGAGGCCUCUGUGUCAAAACCGAAGCCUCGGCUCCAGACAGAAGGGCAAUGCACUGAAACGCUGGACCAUGCUGGUGGACCCGUUCAGUUCCUUGAAGGUCCGCCUGCCCUGCGAUGUGUCCGUGAAGGCGUUGGAUCCGCAUGGUUACCCAGCAGCUGACCGCGCUUUUGUUGAGCUCCUUUCCCCCAACCAAGCUGAAAACCUAGACGAUGUUCUGGUGCAGUAUGAUAAAGCUCGUAAGCAGAUGCUAGUGGUUUCAGAAAACAUUAGCAGUGAUGCUCGUAUUGAUCUGAUAACUCCGGUAAAGAUUGAUCUGGAUAUUAGUACAUUUCAGAAAGGAUGCGUUAAGAUUAAAAAAAUGGAGUGUGAUAACUGCUAUGUGGAAACUGAGAAAGGGCACAGUAUCUUGAAUUCAUUAAAGGCCCAUAAAGUCAAAGUGCAAAGUAGAGGUGGAAACAUAAUCUGUCUAGGAACAAUCCAUGGAAAUGUAGAUAUACAGACCAACAGUAAAGGUUUUGUGGAAAUCGAAAAACUUCAAGGAACAGACAUGAAUAUUUCCACUACUGAUGGUGCAUUAAAAACAAAGUACAUUUACGCCAAGUCUUCACAUCUGUCUUCUUCCAUUGGGAAUAUCGAACUUGGAAACAUUCACGAUAAAGUCUUUAGCAUAUGGAAAAGGAAAGGUAUAAAAUGCUUUCGUGAUCUCUUCUUUGAAGGUAGUUUGAUGUCUUUCGACCAACUUUCUAACAAAUUUGAGUUACCUAAAUCUAACUUUUUUAGAUAUUUACAAAUUAGAAAUUUUUUACAUAAAAUUCUACCAUCCUUCCCCAAUUCAACUUCAACGGACCUUUUAGGUAUGAUUUUUACCUUAAAUCCCUAUCAGAAGGGAUUAGUGACUUUUAUUUAUAAUAUGAUUAUGAAGAUACAACCAGAAAUAUCAGGUAGAAUUAAACAAGAAUGGGAAAAAGAACUUCAAUAUAAUAUAUCAAUAGAAAAAUGGGAAAAAAUUUUACAAAUGGUUAAUUCUUCUUCUAUAUGUGCUAAACAUGCUUUAAUACAAUUUAAAAUUGUACAUAGAGCUCAUAUGUCUAAAGAUAAGCUUGCUCGAUUCUAUUCUCAUAUUAACCCUCAAUGUGACAGAUGUCAUUCAGAUGUGGCUUCAUUGACCCACAUGUUUUGGUCAUGUCCCACUUUACAUAACUAUUGGAAGGACAUAUUUGCUACUAUUUCCUCAAUUUGGAAUAUCGAUUUACAACCUCAUUUUAUUACUGCAAUUUCUGGUAUACCAAAUGAGGAUGAUAAUCAUUUUUCCCCUUCAAUUAGACGAAUGAUUGCUUUUGUAACAUUAAUGGCCAGAAGGUCUAUAUUACAAAAUUGGAAAGAAGUAAAUCCUCCUACCACGUUCCAGUGGUUUUCUCAAACUAUUUCUUUUCUGAGCUUGGAAAAAAUUAGAAGCACUAUUUUUGACUCAUCAAUUAAAUUUGAAGAAACUUGGGGACCGUUCAUACGACAUUUUCAUAUGAAUUAAUUUGGCCUUUUCCAGACCUUCUCUUUACUUAUUCUUGUUCAGGUAUGGAGUUCCGGAGUUUUUGGCACUAUCAUAUACAAAUAAACUGUUAUUAUUGCCCAUGUUAGUUUAG